AACAGCCAAACAUCAAUGUUUCGUACCAACAAAAAAACAUUUGAGGUCAAUAAAUGCAGUGUUCAAACGACGGAAUAUAUCAGAAAAAUGCACACAUACGCUUGAAGAGAUUCUCAAUGUUUCCGAUCGCCAAAUAGGACUAUUGUUCUCGAGGUUCUGCUGCUGCACGACAGUAUGAGCUCCAGGCUGUGCAAGACCUGCGGGGGGGUCGACAUCGAUGUGGACCAGGCUCGGGGCAGCGCAGUGUGCACCAGCUGUGGUUCGGUUCUAGAGGACAACAUCAUCGUCUCAGAGGUCCAGUUUGUAGAGGGAAGUGGAGGCGUGUCCUCUGCUGUGGGACAGUUUGUGUCUACUGAUGGUCCUGUAAAAACUCCUCUGCUUGGUUCUGGUUUCCACACCAGUGUAGGUAAAGAGUCGAGAGCACAGACACUGCAAAGUGGGAGACGUCAGAUCCAUCACUUAGGCAACCAGCUGCAGCUCAACCAGCACUGUCUGGACACAGCAUUCAAUUUCUUUAAGAUGGUUGUCAGCAGGCACUUGACACGUGGACGUAAAACAGAACACGUCAUCGCUGCCUGCCUCUACCUGGUGUGUCGCACUGAAGGAACACCACACAUGUUGCUGGACCUGAGUGACCUGCUGCAGGUGAAUGUCUACAUCCUGGGGAAAACGUAUUUGCUAUUGGCUCGUGAACUCUGCAUCAAUGCUCCUGCCAUUGAUCCAUGUCUGCUAAUUCCUCGCUUCGCUCACAUGUUGGAGUUCGGGGCAAAGACUCAUGAUGUUUCCAUGACGGCUCUUCGUCUGGUUCAAAGGAUGAAGAGGGACUGGAUGCACACGGGACGCCGUCCGUCUGGACUCUGUGGUGCCGCGCUACUCGUGGCGGCCCGCAUGCACAAGUUCCGUCGUACAGUGAAGGACGUAAUCGGGGUGGUGAAAGUUUGUCAGGCCACUCUGCGGAAGAGGUUAACAGAGUUUGAGGACACGCCCACCAGUCAGCUGACCAUUGAUGAGUUCAUGAAGGUGGAUCUCGAGCAGGAAUGUGACCCCCCCUCUUUUACCGCCUCCCUGUACAAGACCAAGAUGCAGCAGCUGCAGCAAGAGCUGACCAAGAAGCUAGAUGAGGUUCAAGGAGAGAUCAGCUGUUUCCAAGACCAGAUUGAAAGCCAGCUGGAGAAAUGCCAACCUAAACUAAAAGGAGUUUAUGCCGCCUAUGUUAACAAAACAGACCUUCAAGAGGAAAUGACAAAUGACCUGAAGGAGCUGGAGGUUGAAGAUUGUGACUUCCAAACUGCCACCCAGCACCUUACGCAGGACUUCCUGUGCCAGGUGAUGCAAGACGAGGACAGGCUGUGCAAAAACGACCAGGACGUUGGUAAUCCCAGGCCGGGCACCGAAGACGAACAAGCUCGGCAGCAGGCCCCUUCUGUUAGCAUCAUCCUAGAAAGUGCUGCCGCUUUGGACCUCCAGCAAACAUUCCAGGUCUUUAGCAAGUCCCAAAUAGAAGUCACAACAUCAGCGGACGAGAAUUCGGAGAGUGGAGAUUUGGAUCUGGACGGUAUUGAUGAACAGGAAAUGGAUAAGUACAUCCUGAGUGACAAGGAGGUCCAAGUGAAGACCCAACUGUGGAUGCAGCAGAACCAAGAAUACCUGCAAGAGCAGAAAGAGAAAGAAGAAAGAAUUAAAAAAGAGAAAGAGCAGGGGACCUACAAAGAAAAGCCCAACAGGUGCAAGAAGAAGAAGGAGAGCCUCCAGUCGUCCACAGCAGGCGAGGCUAUCAAGAAGAUGCUGGAGAAGAAGAAAAUCUCUACUAAGAUCAACUAUGAUGUCCUCAAAGACCUCAACAGUGGGGAGACCGGAAGUGGAGGGGGCAGCAGCCCUGAAACGACCACCCCCAAACCUUCCGCCAGACCUGCACGAAAAAGACUCAGCCGCCGCAAGAAGACGGGUAAUAACACUGUUGGGGACCUGGCCGCUACUGCUACUAUGAUGGGGAAGCGGCUUGGUCCCCUCUUCUGUGGGCCCCCUAAAAAAAAAAACAUGUCGCAGGUGGAAGAGGCUGUUUCCAUGACAACAGCUUUGACAACUCUCAAACCAGAGUCCGACUGCACUCCUAUUCUAGACAAGGGCGACAACGAGGAGUGUGUCAGCGCCCUGCAGCUUGUUGGACGUCAGUAUUUUGGCUGCGAAGACCAUGAAGACCACGAAGACCACGAAGAUGAUGAGCACCUUUUUUAAUUGUUUAAAAUUAUUUUAUACUUCAAAAUAUGAAAAUGCAAGAGUCAAAGAUUCUUUAUUGUCAAAUUUUUUAUACAUAAAAGACUUAAGGUAGAAUCGAGAUGGCGCGUCUCUCUAUACUCCAAGCUCAGGGAGAGAAUGGCUGCUGUAUCCACAUUCACAAACAGUUUGUCAUUUCAUAAUGACACAUCAAAGAGACGCCAUUUUGUCUUUACAAAACAAAACUCAAGUCCAGAUAGGGAAAAAACAGCACUGACUCAUUUUUUUCUUCAAUGAAGUCCCCAUGAUUGACAAGAGUCCCUCGUCCCUGUCCCCAGUCCUCCCCGACCCCCUGGUUGGCUCUGCAGGAGCUGGAUUUUUAGGCCCUCAGUCUCUCCCACUCCGAGCCACACCAGAGAGCCUCAGCCGGUUGAUCUCCUCCUCCAAGUACUCCUGGACCAGCUCCUGCUUGGUCAUGUUCUGCAGGCUCUACACGUAGUACAUCUCGUAUGUCAAACAAAUAUGUCAACAUUUUUUUUACACGUUUUAAAGUUAACUUGUAAAUAUUACCAUCGCAGCAGCAAAUACAUUGUAGGAGAAACAACAAGCUGUCUUUUUCUCAGCUCCAUCACAUAUUUAGGACCAGCUUUUUCACUCUCAUCCAUACGAUCUACUGCGGAAGAACAAUCUCCGCCCUCCAUUUAGGCAGAAGACUUAGCGUUAUCUUCCGCCUCCGGUGGCCAGGACAAAUCCACCACAGCGUCUCAGGUUCAACAGCAACAUAGACAGUGAAACGGUUGCUGCAGAGAAGCUGGUUCACUUCCUUGAGCAAGGCAGUGAAUCCCCAAACUGCUCAAGAGUGAAACCCCCUCUCAAAUCCUCUCGUCUCUAACAUGAUGAAGACAAGAUCACCGACAUCAUGGCAUUUCCUCCGAAAAACAUUUUAGGGAACAUUCCCAAAUACAUCUGAAGCUCUUCUUGUGGACUCGGCCACAUUCUCCGGACAUAUAUGUUUGUUUGAGGGUCUGAAAGUAGAAGCAGUUUUAAGCCUCUUCACCAUCUGGUGUCCUUGCUGCACCAGGGUUGGGUCAACAGUGGCAAAAUGGUCUGCUCAAGAAUUCCAGAGUGUCCUCAAACGCAACAUCACAAUCUUGAUAUUAGUAAUGGAUUAGAGUAAUAAAAUGCUUUACAGUGAUAACCGAGAACCAUAUUCUUUCAUACAGUGAUGGUGGAAAAAUACACUUGUAGCCACAUCUGCCGUGAGGUAGACUGGCAGGACAACCCUCCAGUUGUUACGUGAACACACAAGAAGAAACUUAAUGAACAACUGUGACCUCACCAACUGUGUGAACUCUCAGUGAUGCAAUUAGGUGUACAGGCGCAAUUGGAGCUGUCAAGCUCUCAGCGUGUAGUUUGCUCAUGAACUUUUUAGGAUUGUUUAAUGUUGUCACUGGUUGGCACAUCGAAAAUAAGGUACUUAUUUGGGAAUGAGUCUCGAAUGGUGUCUGAUGAUGAUCUAAGGUUAGGGGAAACUAAAAUUAGAACGAACUUUGGCUAUGGGACCCACACCCUUGCUGUAUCAGUAAUAUAAAAAUCGUUAUACAAACAAAUUCACCAACAUGUGAGACCAUCUACCUGUCAGCCGAUGAACAACAUCCUCCUGAUUACUAUUUGCCUGAUGCUAGGUGGAGACAUUCACCCUUGUUCGGGGCCACAACAGUCAAUCAACAAACAGAAGGCAGCUAUGCUAGCGGAGCCUCGAAGCGAGGGUAACUUUCUUCACCCACAGAGCACAUCUGCUACAGAGGCCGCGAACCAGACGAGCGUUUCAGAGGUGAUUGAUGUCAAUGCCGAUCCUUCGAUAGGUCCCGGGGCUAGAGGCGGGUUAAGUGGUUAGCAAGUUGGACGGCGUGCACGACGUUGUGGACCGAGUCUGUUUGCGGCUGUGAAUGAAAGGCAGACUGGAACCUCCAUACUGCAAUCAUCAAACACUGCUCACUUCUUCCCAAUUGUAACUCGAAAAUUAAUGAAUCCGGGAAUUGUGAAAAAUAGGAAACUUAGUUUUUUUAGAACGGUCAAUCAGGACAGUCUGGGAUCAUAUUGCCAAACCGAAAGGACUGUUAGGAGGACACCUGAAUGCAAGAAGCUUAAUUCCUAAAAUGGACAAAUAUAUUUACCUCCAAGAACACUUAAAUCUGGAUUAUCUCAGCAUUUCUGAGACUUGGCUUAACCUCUUAAGGCCCAAGCUGUUUGUUUCCAUGCUUUUUUUUUUAUUUCUCUUUGCUAUCUGGGCCUAUUGAACCCUAAUUAGAAUAAAAACUAAGAAUCAUCUUUUGAUAUCAGGGGAGGGGGGGGGGACACGGUGCCGUUCACCUCUACCACCUGUUCCCUCCCCUCCAAGUAAGAUUGCAUCCAGCUCGAUGAGGUUUUGUCAAAUCCGAUUGCUCUGAGCUUAUCCAACAGUAUA